ACAUAAUUGACAACUUUUACACCAAAUAUGAGUAUAUGACAAAGAGGAGUUAAAGUUUUUAGUUUUAUCUUAAUGGCCGAGGAAAAUUAAUCCCCUUACUUUAUUUUGGCAAUUAAAGUACCAAGCUUUCAUCAGUUCACAAACAUUUUUCCUCCAUUUAGUCGGCUUUUCUUCGAUUUUCCUCCCAAAUUCUCAUAAGCAUCUCUCGAUUUCUUUUGCGCAUUCUCUUCUUCAGCACACCUGUUAUUAGUGAAAUUCAGCUGAAUUUGAGAAGUGGUAAAUUUGAUUUAUUGUGUUUAGGAAGAACUAGUCAUAGAACAAAAAUGCCUGGGCAGAAGAUUGAAACUGGGCACAGUGAUGUGGUUCAUGAUGUUCAAAUGGAUUAUUAUGGUAAACGUAUUGCCACCGCGUCAUCUGACACCACAAUUAAGGUACUCGCUGUGAGCAGUAAUUCCGGGUCACAACCUCUUGCUACAUUGACUGGUCACCAAGGCCCUGUUUGGCAGGUUGCUUGGGCGCACCCAAAAUUUGGGUCGAUUCUUGCUUCAUGUUCCUAUGAUGGUAGGGUGAUUAUCUGGAAGGAGGGCAAUCAGAAUGUGUGGGAACAAGCUCAUGUGUUCCAUGAGCAUAAAUCUUCUGUUAAUGCCAUCUCCUGGGCACCUCAUGAACUAGGGCUUUGUUUGGCUUGUGGGUCCUCUGAUGGUAGCAUCUCGGUUUUUACUGUCCGCUCUGAUGGUGGUUGGGAGACCAAUAGGAUUGAUCAGGCCCAUCCAGUCGGGGUAACAUCAGUUUCAUGGGCUCCAGCAACAGCACCAGGGGCUCUUGUUGGAUCAGGCUUGCUAGAGCCUGUUCAUAAACUGGCUUCUGGGGGUUGUGACAACACCGUGAAAGUGUGGAAGCUGGUCAAUGGGUCAUGGAAGAUGGACUGCUUCCCUGCUCUUCAGAUGCACUCAGAUUGGGUGAGAGAUGUUUCUUGGGCUCCAAAUCUAGGGCUGCCGAAGUCCACAAUUGCUAGCGCUUCACAGGAUGGAUCUGUGGUCAUAUGGACAGUGGGCAAAGAAGGCGAGCAAUGGGAAGGCAAAAUUUUGAACGACUUCAAAACUCCUGUUUGGAGGGUAUCUUGGUCUUUGACAGGGAACUUGUUGGCUGUAGCAGAUGGGGACAACAAUGUUUCAUUGUGGAAAGAGGCGGUUGAUGGAGAGUGGCAACAAGUUUCUACAGUGGAGCCAUAGGUUUUUCACUGAUUCUCUUUGUAAUUUCUACCUUACUACAAUGCCCUUUAUAUGGACAACUGAACUAGUUUUUUAGUUUGUUGCUGCUGCAGUUUUGUUGUAUGGUCGGUAUUGUUGAUUCUGUGGUUUAGGUGAUAUUGCUGUUUACAAUGUGUUUUUUUCAAGGUAGAGAAGGAAAGACAUGAUAAUGCUUUCUGCUUUAGAUUUUAUACAAAACAUUCAUAUUUGUUCUAA